AAAACCUGCAUGUUGACCAGUUUCAGAUCAGACACUCAUGUGGGGCAUUUCAUCUGACCUAAAUGAAACAGAAUACAUGCCGCCUCCUUCCCCUCAUGGCAGGCCACCCCGCCUUUUCCCAGCCUCAGGGGAGGGAGCCUUUAAUAAUGGUCUGUGUAAACUGAUGCUCAGGCAGCGAAGAGUUUGGGGAAGAAGCACUGCUGGACGAGAAAUCCCACAGAGGAGCCGCGACUCAAUGAAAGGCGGCAGCCCCUGAAGUGCAGCAGACAGAGAAAAUGUCUCUCCUCGCCAAGGUCUUGAGAAGGGACUGCAGGCAGGUGCUGGAGCCUCGCAGGAGCUGCGUUGGCGGCGUGGCUUUUGUCAGCAGGCUUCACCAGCUGCCCAAACUUUCAGGCAGCCCGUCCCUGGAGGGGCAGAAGGAGGCAGCUGCGAGAGCGGAGGACAAAGACGAAGACGAGGAGGAGAUGGGGGCAGCUUCGGACCGUGGAGCCCGGGGGCUCCUCCUCGACGCCUGCCAGCACCCGAGCCACCAGAGAGUGAGGAGCCUGAGGGAAAUGCCCGGACCCAAGACCUUCUCCAAUCUGGUCGAGUUUUUCUGGAAGGAUGGCUUCAGCCGCAUUCACGAGAUCCAGCAGAAGCACGUUCGGGAAUAUGGAAAAAUUUUCAAGUCUCAUUUUGGUCCCAAACUAGUUGUAUCCAUUGCAGAUCGAGACAUGGUUGCUCAGGUUCUUCGGGAAGAAGGAUCCGCGCCACAACGAGCUGACAUGGAUUCCUGGCAGGAAUACAGGGAUCUACGACGGAGAGCUACAGGACUUAUAUCUGCAGAAGGGGAACAGUGGCUAAAAAUGAGGCGUGUACUAAGGCAAAAAAUGGUAAAACCCAAAGAUGUUGCCGUUUUCUCAGGAGGAGUUAAUGAAGUUAUUGCAGAUUUAAUUAAGAGAAUCCACAUUCUCAGAAAUCAAGAAGAAGAUGGGGAAACAGUGACAAAUGUUAACAGCCUUUUUUUCAAGUAUUCAAUGGAAGGAGUGGCAACUGUUCUGUAUGAGUGCCGCCUGGGGUGCUUGGAAAACCAGAUCCCCCAGAACACUGUGGAAUACAUUGAAGCUUUGGAGUUGAUGUUCAGUAGUUUCAAGACUACCAUGUAUGCAGGAGCCAUCCCCAAAUGGCUUCGUCCAAUUAUUCCAAAACCUUGGAGAGAAUUCUGUAGAUCAUGGGAUGGACUCUUCAGAUUUAGUCAAAUUCAUGUCGACAAUAAAUUACGUGAUAUAAAGUCCCUUUUGGACCAGGGGAAAGAGGUAGAUGGUGGACUUCUCACAACUCUGCUUAAUAGUAAAGAACUUACAGUGGAAGAAAUCUAUGCCAAUAUGACUGAGAUGCUUUUGGCAGGAGUUGAUACAACUUCAUUCACUUUAUCUUGGGCGACGUACCUGUUAGCAAAGCACCCGGAAGUGCAGCAUUCUGUCUAUAAAGAGAUAGUCAAUAACUUGGGGAAAGAUAAAAUCCCUGAUGCACAUGACGUCCCCAACUUACCAAUGAUCAGAGCCCUUCUCAAAGAAACCUUGAGGUUAUAUCCAGUGUUACCAGGAAACGGUAGAGUAACCCAGAAAGAUAUGAUUGUUGGAGGAUACUUGAUACCUAAAGGGACCCAGCUGGCACUCUGUCAUUAUGCUACAUCAUAUCAGGAAGAGAAUUUCCCAUUAGCAAAUGAGUUCCAGCCUGAGCGCUGGCUAAGGAAAAGCAAUAUGGACAGAGUGGAUAAUUUUGGUUCCAUCCCCUUUGGUUAUGGUAUACGUAGUUGUAUAGGAAAAAGAAUUGCUGAACUUGAAAUUCACCUUGCACUAAUACAGCUGCUUCAAAAUUUUGAAAUAAAAAUUUCUCCAAAAACUAAACCAGCUUAUGCCAAAACCCAUGGACUAUUGACUCCUGCAAACUCCAUCAAUGUGAAAUUUGCUGACAGGAAAUGGUAGUAGGACCUUCAGGAGGCUCCUCAGCCUGACCUCUGACCGAAAGCUGCAUGAUGGGAAUCCUGUAAUCAAGCUUUAUAUGCCUCCCUUGAGGUUUCUCUUUCUCCUGCUAAACAAUUAUG